GCUAAAAGAUGAUGAAAGAUGCUAAGAAAGGCUGAAGAAGUGAAUUCUGACACUUGCUUUGGAACAUGAACUGGAGCAUCUUACACCACUGUGCCUUGUACACCCUGAGUCUUGCAGCGCUUGUUGCUGGGAAUGUUCAUCCAGAAUGUGAUUUUAUAACUGAGCUGAAGAAAAAGGAGGCUGAAUGUCUGAAGGACUCAGAAGAACGUGGAAAUGCGACGGCAGGUUGCAAGAGAAGUUGGGACAAGCUACUGUGCUGGCCAGAGGCAGAUGCUGGAGAGACACUUGCCUUACCCUGCCCGAACAUCCUCUUUCACUUCAUGAAGGAGCCAGCUGGGCUAGUGAGAAGGAACUGCACAAAGAAAGGCUGGUCUGACCCAUUCCCUUCCUACUAUAUUGCUUGUCCAGUUGAAGAUGAGGUUCCACUUGAAGAACAAUACUACUUUUCUACUAUAAAGAUCAUCUAUACUGUAGGAUACAGUGUAUCUAUCACCUCACUUAUUAUUGCCGUGACAGUUCUUAUUGCAUUCAGGAGGCUUCGCUGUCCCAGAAAUUAUAUCCACGUACAGCUCUUUUUUACUUUUAUUUUAAAAGCUAUUGCCAUUUUCAUUAAGGAUGCUGUCCUUUUCCAAGAGGAAGACAUUGACCAUUGCAGGCUCUCUACGACCGAAUGCAAGAUCUCAGUUGUUUUCUGUCACUACUUUAUGAUGACCAAUUUCAUGUGGCUGCUAGUAGAGGCUCUUUACCUAAACUGUCUACUACUAUCAUCCCUUUCUCAUGGCAGAAGAUAUUUUUGGUGGCUUGUUCUGUUUGGCUGGGGUUUCCCAACACUUUUCACCCUUAUAUGGAUAUUAGCAAAAUUCUACUUUGAAGACACAGCAUGCUGGGAUAUUAACCAAGACUCUCCCUACUGGUGGCUAAUCAAAGGACCUAUUAUAAUUUCUGUUGGGGUCAAUUUCAUCCUAUUUAUCAACAUCAUCAGAAUUUUGCUGAAAAAACUAGACCCCAGACAAAUCAACUUCAAUAACUCAUCUCAGUACAGACGUCUCUCAAGGUCAACUCUGCUUUUAAUUCCAUUGUUUGGAACCCACUAUAUUGUCUUCAACUUUCUUCCGGAAUAUACUAGCCUGGGAGUCCGGUUUUAUUUAGAGCUCUGUAUUGGAUCUUUUCAGGGGUUUAUUGUAGCAGUUCUCUACUGUUUCCUGAACCAAGAGGUGCAAACGGAAAUUGGCCGGAGGUGGCACGGUAAGAGAUACGGACUUAUGCCUGUGUGGAAGAGGACAAGAUGGACUAUGCCGUCUAGUUCUGGAAUAAAAAUGACUACAUCUGUGUGCUAAAUACAGCUUCAGGAUCUGGAGUGGUGACAUAUAGGAGCCUGAAAGCGAUUAAGGAAAAACAUUACAGCUGAUUACAGCUAAAACUAUCUGAGAAACUUGAAGGAGGACCAACUUCUGAAAAAGUUUUUCCCACCAGACAUCUCUCAUAGGACAAGCAUUGCAGUGUCAGAUCAAACACUGACUGGCUGAUUAAAAUAGCCCUCUCACAGAUACACUAUGCAUCACAACAACCACAAAAAUCAUCUCUUCUUGGUUCAUUUUCUAUACUCUUUCAUUAAUGAACCAUAGAGAAUAAUGGGUCUAGGGAGUGGACAUCACUAGUAGCCAUUAGUGGCACCACAGAUGAUCAGCUCUGGAAACCAGUAUUCAAUCCUCAUGUGCUGGGAACCGGCGUAAGCCUAGCUUGUUUAAGACUUAUUCCUUGUUUUGAUCCAAUGGACUUGGGAAUAAGAAGCCAAAUGCCUUGACAAACUACAACAUGAUAACUAAAAAUCCUCUCUUUUUUUCCUCUCUUUAUUUUCUCUUUAGAAGCAAAAAGAUUCAAAGUUGAAGAGAGAAAAGAGCACACUCUCAGGCUUGUGUUCAGGUAUUCUAGUAGCUAUGGCCUAAAAAAUUUCUGAUAACCAUGUAGUAAGAAGGUGAGGCAUUUGUCUUUAAGGGACAACAACUAUUCAGAAGUAAAAUAAUAAAUGAAAAAACGCUCAGGAUAUUGGUGCAAUGUAAGAGAAGAGAAAAACAGUAGCAGUAGAAAACAACCCAACAGGUAAGAAUGCAUGAGAUACUUAAGAAAUAAACAGAGGAUGAAGUGGUAUAAGAAGAGCAAAUCCAUUAGGAAGAGCCAGAAUGAAUCAAGCAAAUGCCUAAGCUGGGCAGCAUGAUUCAGGCCUUGGAAGAGAAAAAGUUUGGAAUACUUCUUCAUUUUGCUCUCUGCACCAAGAGAGAACAAAUGCCCUGUCCUGUUUCUGGAGUCAGUGGGCAGCAGCAGCAGCAAAGGUGCUGGAACUGGAGGACCAACUCCCAGCCACAGAAGGGCCAGGCAACUGUUAGGAACACUGCUUAGUCCCUUCUCAUGUCUGGCUGUUUUUGCUCUCCAGUGUUGCAAAACAUUUGCAAUCUAUCUUGGAAAUAAUUUGCAUUCCCAGUGUUUGUACUUGAAAUUGUUUUUCCCCCCAAAUAAUUGUGAAUGGUAGGUGAACAGACCGAUAAACCUCAUAGAUGGGAGCAUCAGGGCUUGUAAAGGAGCAAAGGAAGCCAAACUCUACCGAAGAAGGAGGACCAUGAGACUGGUAAGUUUUCACCCUGCUCUUCUGGCCACUCCAGUGGGCUGCCGGGUCAGAUUAAACAACAGAAAUAAUAGAAAAAAGUAGAGUUGCCUUCCUUUUUCCUUUUCAGGAGCCAGGUAAUUACAACUAACUGGAAGAAGCAGAAUGCCGUGCUACCUAGUUUCAUGUGUAAAAGCUAACUGCCAGGCACGGAUCUUACUCUUACCAUGUAAAAAAAUAUUUUUUUUCUUUGCUUUUCCCCUGUCUGUGAAAAACAUGCCAAUGUCUGAGUUCUGUCCUGAGUGUGGGAUAAGAGUCUGAGGGAGCAGGGGGAGAAGGUGUACAUCUCCAGUUCUGCAACGACCCCUUGGAAUACACAUUACGGCAUGGGGCCCAAGAUGUUUAUGCAGGUUCCCUUCCCUUUUCUAGAAGGAUUCAAGGAGAUUUUAGAUGAAAGCGUGGGUACAAUGCAUGGUGAUCUGUUUAAAGUAAGAGACUAACAGAGACUAACAGAGGGGUGACCUUUCACAGCUUUUAGUGUUUCAGGGUUUCAGUUUAAUAACAACAUCUAGGUAAUGUGAAGUGCUGUGAUCUGUAAGCAUGACUGCCGAGGUAGCUGAGUCAGUCUUCUUUCCUGGAGGUGGAACUCAUUCAGCCUCAAAAACAUGAUCAUCUCUAUUGGCCAGAAAGGGAGCCCAGGGUGGCUAACUCAGACUGAGAAGUCUAAAUUUUGCCUUCUCUAGCCAUUCAUGCUGCGAUAAAAAAUUUCCUUAGAGCUUCUGCAUUUCUGUUGUUGUUGUAUAAGUAACAGUAAAGUUGAAAAUUCAUCAUGAAGUGAAAUCAUCAUGAAAUUCACCAUGCUCCAUAACUGGAAGAUGGAAGAAGAGGAGAUAAAAAACAAACAGGAUUCUUUCUACAGAUCAGUUAUUUUUGGCUGAGCUGAUUUCUCAAAGUGUGAUGCCAUUUUGCUUAUCCCCAUGUCUCAGCCAGUGGUAUAACAUGUGACACAUUAGGACUCUUGUUAGUCUUGACUGUAUUAUUUGGAUUUUCUGGCUUGUAAUUAAGUCCUGCAAUUCUGAAAUAUGUAUUUGAUUGUAUUUUCUCCAAUGUAAAUUGGCUACAUGACUCUUUUAUUCUGCAAGUGUUACCAUGAUAACUUUGAAAUUAACAGGACACAUUAAUGACAGAUGUCAAGGCACACAAAUAUAUGGACUUCUCAGGGCUCUUGUUCUCUGCUUUUAUUGCAGCCUGCAUUAAAGGCUUGGCCCCAAAUCCCUCAGAGCCAAGAAUUCCAGCAGCCUUAGCAAACAAUUUCCAUUGGCUUCAGAUCAUAGUUUAUAAAGCCAGUAUUUGAUUGCAUUACAAUAUCUGCAGAAGGCUGAAGUGUGAAGUAAGCAUCUUUUGGUAUAGAUGUUGUCAUUCUGUUACCAGUUUAAUACAUGUAUGGGCCAGUUCUUUUUUUUUUUUUCUAUAAAAAGCCCUAACUUUUCACUUGACCAAACCUUCUCCACAAUUUGCUUGUUACUGAAGCCCUGAGAUCCAUCUCCAGAUUCAAUUUUAAAUUAUUACAUGGAAAAUCUUGGGCAUAAGGGUGGCAUCUAGCCUCACCUAAAUUUGGCUACCAAAAAUUAGACAUUUGUCCUAUUCUAGUCAUCUCAGUCUUCCCUACCACAAACAAGGACAGGAAUCUUCAGAGAGCACUUCAUUCCAUCCUAAAAUAAAUAGCUAAUAUAGUAGAAAUACUCUCUUGGGCUUAAACUGGACACAUAGAUGGCUCAAAUCAGAUGAGAUGACUCCUACCAUUUGUAUGUUAUAGGCGGACCUUGUAGGUCCCCAGAAGAUUUUCCUAUAAUUGCAUCUUGAUGUGUUUCUUAUAACUUCCUCUCCAUCAUGUGCUAUUAUCCAUUUUUGGAGCCAGGGACAUGUGGACCACUUGUUGACACUGAUGCAGCGUUCCUAGUGAUUGUCUUUUCACCUUUGUGUUUCUGAACAAAAUCUCUCAAACGUAAAACCUGAAAUUGAGAGCAUUGAGGAAUCCUAAGGGUAAAGUGGGUUAAGUAAAACACUGACAUAUGCUUCUGCAAAAAAAAACCAUUCUGCAAAGACAUAAGAAAAUGAUAUAUCUGAAUUGUACACGCUAUAUACAGAAACCUUGGUAGAUAAAACUGUGAUUUUUGUCCUUGAUUUGACACACUUUGCUUCCAGAUGAAAGAAGAUACAUUUGCUAAAGGGAAGUAGAUAUAUUCUUGCCUCUCCUCCCAUUAUCUUUGCAGUAAUAAUGCCAUUUCCCUUUGAUUUCAUACAGUGAGUUAUGUCUAGCCCUGUGAGGUAAUUUGCCAGUAGGAGAGUAGAGAGUUUCCCUUCAUCUGCACUUAUUUAAUGAAAGCAGUUGUACUCCCAAUCCAUUAUUCUUUAAGUAGACUAUUACUAUCAGUGAUGAGCUAGUCAUGGCACAGAUUUUUGGGCUACACAACAUUUUUAGCAAAUUCAAUCUUGGCUAUGAAAUGUUAUGUAGAAUUUAAAAAUCAAGUAAUUUUCAGUUUUUUAGAAAAUGAAUCGCAUGGAAUUUAGAUAACAUUUAUCUAACCUAGCACCAGCUUUGGAAUGCGCACAGACUUAUUUCAUAAGAUUAUGUUCCUGCGAGUUCUUGCCUGUCACAUGCAAGAUUUGAUAAAAUUGGGAUAAGAAGUGUGAAGAGCAGAAACUCCUUGACCUUUGAGGAAGAAAUUAUGCUAAGUAUGAUUUGCUUUCUUUUGGAGUAGGGCCAGCAUGAUGGAAAAAUGACCUGCAGAUAGAGAAACAGGCCCAUUGUGUGCAAAUUGCUGCAUGGCUUACAGUGCCAUGAUUAAGGCUAGAGGUAAAUCAGAGCUUACAGGUGUGAUGGCUGAGCUGACCUAACUGCAGCUUGCAGGGAAAAAAAAGGUGGUGAGAGUUUUCUGCCGGCUUAAGUGCAACUGAAAUCAUUUGGACUUGGCUUGUAUGUUGUAUCACAACCAGUUCUACAACACUGGUUAAUGCUUCCCCUCUUGCCUUAAAGACACCUGCCAGCCUCCUAAAAAUCAAUAGUGUUUUUUACCGCAUGGCCUCACUGAAGACCCCACCUUCCAUUUAUUUCAUUGAAUGGAAAUCUCCCACUGUAGAGUAUCAGAUUAGUUUCUUGUACAUUACACAUUCAGGUAAUAUUUUCUAUUAUUCUCUUGUAUAUCUUCUUGUCCUUUUUAUCCCUUCUCAUUUUAUCUUGUCCUAGUCAGGCAAUCAGACCUCUUAUGUUGUUUUUCAGUCUAGCUUAGUGUCUCACAUUGGUUCCCAACACUGCAGAACUGUUAAUAACUUCAAUAUCAAUCAGUAGCAGUAACAAAGUCUCUCUUGCUAACUGCAUAUAUAUACAUAUAUGCAUAUAUACAUAUGGUCCUGUACAUAUAUGAGCAGCUAGAGAGAGGAAAAAGAAAAAAAAAGGAAAUUUAAAAAAUGAAAUGGUGCAUCAUAUUAUGAAAACCAGUGAAUACAUGUUUCUUCUGGAUCUAUCCAGCAUCAAGGCAGGGUUAUUAUUAUAGCAUUUACAUCAUGACGUAAUUUUAGCUUUGAGAGAACAAAGUGUGGCUUUUCAGUAUUUUGCUUUAUUUGAAUUAUGAUUAUGAAGUGUAAGACAGCAAUGCUGGACACCUCUGCCAAGAGGUGUCCUACAGACAGAGGUCAAAGUUUUGGCCUUACACUAGGACAUUGUAGAGAAAAGCAAACAUAAAAACACAGAAGUGUCCCAAAGUGUUUAGAGAGCUUGAGUUUUAUUUUUCUAAUAAAAACUCUGCUAGUAAAAUUUGUACCUAAACUGAUGUUUCAGAGCUUGAAACCCAUCCACGAGCUAAGAUCCCAGAUCCUUUGUGCUGCUUGUACUGUUAGCAGGAAAGGGGAGAUUGCUGUGUCUAUCUGCAAAAGAUUAGGCACAAGACAGGGCAAACCAAGCUGAUCUCAGGAGCUCGCAGCACACUUUAAUUAUAAAGGCACUGUUCCCUGAUGAUCAGGGAGAGUUCUGAAAAUUGGAACCGAAUGAGAUCAGACGCGUAAACUACAUCGGCUUCGAUUACAAGAGAGACAACUACAUCUUCACAGGCACUGUCCAGGUUCAAUUGUGCUCUCGUGUUAUCAAACUAAGAUGCCAGCAUGGGUCCUUAAGGUGAAUGACUUGCAAUUAUUCCAUGGAGGACAAAGGUUUUAAUCAGACCUCAUCCACUCCAAAGCAUGCCUGAAGAAAAUGAUGGGUUUUGCUUGGUAAAAAUGAUUUUAUAGCAUACUGUGAAAGUCUGAUAAGAGCCUGAAAAGGGAAUUUCACUUUAUAUAAAUAUUGUAUUUUAUGUUCUGCUUAUGUAAUAUGAACAUUACUUAAUA